GGAGCAGCGGUAGCCUCGGAAGCCGGAGGAGAGGCAGCCGCCGAGCGCCGAGCCGACCGCGCCCCGAGGCCCGGCCCUGGGGGUGGGGAAUCGCGCCGAAGGCUGGAAACUUUCCGGGCAGUUUCCCAGCUCUCUGUGGCCGGCUUGUCCGGAGCAACUUGGCCGGUGCCCCAAGGAGACAGCGCCUCUCUGUUGCGAGCCAGCGGAGCCUGGGGUGAGGCGAGGUGAGGGGCCUGUACCGACAGACCAGCCUUUCCCAGAAACAAAGGAGUGUCGAAAAUGUUAAAGGCUGUGCUGAAGAAGAGCCGAGAGGGAGGAAAGGGAAGCAAGAAGGAACCAGGAGGUGACUUUGGUCCAGAGACCUCCCCUGCAGGCCUGCCCUCUGGCCUUGGUGGCGACUUUUCUGUGAGCAGCCUUCCUAUGGCUGAGGACACCUAUAGGGUGAGCUUGGCCAAGGGUGUCUCCAUGUCUCUGCCUUCAUCACCUCUGCUGCCACGACAGUCUCACUCGGUGCAAUCAAGAUCAAACAAAAAAUCCCCAGGUCCCGUCAGGAAGCCCAAGUAUGUGGAAAGCCCCAGAGUGCCUGGAGAUGCAGUUAUAAUCCCGUUCAGAGACGUGUCCCAGCCAACAGAGCCUAAUGAGAAUGAAGCAAAGGCCGAUAAUGAACCGAGCUGUUCGCCGGCAGCUCAAGAACUGUUGACAAGGCUGGGAUUUUUACUGGGAGAAGGGAUCCCAAGUUCCACACACAUAACCAUUGAAGAAAAAAAUGAAACCAUGUGCACAGCUCUGAGCCAAGGCAUCAGUCCUUGCUCCACACUAACAAGCAGCACCGCAUCUCCUAGCACCGAUAGCCCCUGCUCAACCUUGAAUAGCUGUGUCAGCAAGACGGCAGCCAACAAAAGUCCCUGUGAGACCAUUAGCAGCCCUAGUUCCACCCUGGAGAGCAAGGACAGUGGAAUUAUAGCCACAAUUACAAGUUCAUCCGAAAAUGAUGACCGGAGUGGCUCCAGUUUGGAAUGGAAUAAGGACGGAAGCCUAAGGUUAGGGGUGCAGAAGGGCGUGCUUCAUGAUCGGAGGGCAGAUAAUUGUUCCCCAGUGGCGGAAGAGGAGCCCGCUGGGUCGGCGGAGAGCGUGCUGCCCACAGCCGAAGGCCCCGGUGGAGAUGGUCCAGUCCCUUACUCUCAGAGCUCCAGCUCGCUAAUAAUGCCACGGCCCAACUCAGUUGCAGCGACGAGUUCAACCAAAUUGGAAGAUCUGAGCUAUUUAGACGGGCAGAGAAAUGCUCCUCUUCGGACGUCCAUUAGGUUACCGUGGCACAGCACGGCCGGAGCACGAUUUGCUCCCUACAAGCCACAAGACAUUUUGCUGAAGCCCCUGUUGUUUGAAGUACCGAGCAUAACAACAGACUCUGUGUUUGUGGGAAGGGAGUGGCUCUUCCAGCAGAUAGAGCAGAACCUGCGGAACACGGAGCUGCCGGAGAACAGAGGGGCGGUGGUGGUGGGAAACGUGGGCUUUGGGAAGACGGCCAUCAUUUCUAAGUUGGUGGCACUGAGCUGCCACGGAAGCCGCAUGAGGCAGAUUGCUUCCAACAGCCCCGGCUCGUCACCUAAAACUUCCGAUUCCUCCCCGGAUCUUCCAUUCACUCCAUUGCUUUCACCGAGUACUUCUCCUGGUGGUACCACCACGGCCAGAACGCCUGCUGGGUUGGGCUCUGACGCUCCUGAAAACCAGAGACCGAGAGAGGAUGCAGCAAAAUAUCUCGCAUCCAAGGUGGUGGCCUACCACUACUGCCAGGCGGACAACACGUACACGUGCCUGGUGCCCGAGUUCGUGCACAGCAUCGCGGCUCUGCUCUGCCGGUCCCAUCAGCUGGCCGCCUACAGAGACCUGCUGAUCAGGGAGCCCCAGCUGCAGAGCAUGCUGAGCCUCCGGUCCUGUGUGCAGGACCCCGUGGCUGCCUUCAAGAGGGGAGUGCUGGAGCCGCUCACAAGCCUGAGAAACGAGCAGAAAAUUCCUGAAGAAGAAUACAUUAUUUUGAUCGAUGGCUUAAAUGAAGCUGAGUUUCAUAAACCUGAUUAUGGAGACACGCUUUCUUCAUUUAUUGCCAAAAUUAUCUCUAAAUUUCCUGCCUGGUUGAAGUUGAUUGUGACUGUAAGAGCAAAUUUUCAGGAAAUCGUCAGUGGGCUGCCAUUCGUCAAGCUCUCCCUGGAUGACUUCCCCGACAACAAGGACAUUCACAGCGACCUGCACGCCUACGUCCAGCACAGGGUCCACAGCAGCCAGGACAUCCUCAGCAACAUCUCCCUGAACGGCAAGGCCGACGCCGCCCUCAUCGGGAAAGUGAGCAGCCACCUGGUGCUGCGGAGCCUCGGCUCCUACCUGUACCUCAAGCUCACCUUGGACCUCUUCCAGAGGGGACACUUGGUCAUCAAAAGUGCCAGCUACAAGGUGGUGCCCGUGUCCCUGUCCGAGCUCUACCUGCUGCAGUGCAACAUGAAGUUCAUGACCCAGUCCGCCUUCGAGAGGGCGCUCCCCAUUCUGAACGUGGCCCUCGCGUCCCUCCACCCCAUGACGGACGAGCAGAUCUUCCAGGCCAUCAACGCUGGCCACAUCCAGGGGGAGCAGGGCCGGGAGGACUUCCAGCAGAGGAUGGAGGCCCUCUCCUGCUUCCUCAUCAAGAGGCGAGACAAGACCCGCAUGUUCUGCCACCCGUCCUUCAGGGAGUGGCUUGUCUGGAGAGCAGAUGGUGAGAACACGGCCUUCCUGUGUGAGCCCAGGAACGGGCACGCUCUCCUGGCGUUCAUGUUCUCUCGACAAGAGGGCAAGCUGAACCGGCAGCAGACCAUGGAGCUCGGCCACCACAUCCUGAAGGCACACAUUUUCAAGGGCCUGAGUAAGAAGACGGGGAUCUCCUCGAGCCAUCUCCAAGCCCUGUGGAUCGGGUACAGCACGGAGGGGCUGUCUGCCGCCCUCGCCUCGCUCAGGAACCUCUACACGCCCAAUGUGAAGGUGAGCCGGCUCCUGAUUUUGGGAGGGGCCAACGUGAACUACAGGACCGAAGUGCUGAAUAACGCCCCGAUCCUGUGUGUCCAGUCUCACCUUGGCCAUGAGGAGGUGGUCACUCUGCUCCUGGAGUUUGGUGCCUGCCUGGACGGCAUGUCUGAGAACGGCAUGACCGCCCUCUGCUACGCGGCCGCUGCUGGCCACAUGAAGCUGGUGUGCCUGCUGGUCAAGAAGGGGGCGAGGUUGGACCAUUUGGAUAAGAAAGGCCAGUGUGCGCUGGUCCACAGCGCACUGAGGGGCCACAGCGACGUUCUCCAGUACCUGCUGGCCUGCGAGUGGUCGGCAGGUGCACCCCAGCCAGGUGCACUGAAGAAGAGCCACGCCCUGCAGCAGGCAUUGACGGCGGCCGCCAGCAUGGGCCACGGCUCGGUGGUCGAGUGCUUGCUGGGACUGGAAAAGGAACAUGAAAUAGACGUCAAUGGCACCGACACGCUGUGGGGAGAAACAGCCCUGACGGCCGCUGCAGGACGCGGGAAGCUGGAGGUCUGCGAGCUGCUGCUGGAGCGCGGAGCGGCCGUGUCCCAGGCCAACAGGAGAGGCGUCCCGCCGCUGUUCUGUGCAGCACGCCAAGGGCACUGGCAGAUCGUGAGAUUGCUGUUGGAACGCGGCUGCGACGUGAACCUAAGCGACAAGCAGGGCCGGACACCCCUCAUGGUGGCCGCAUGCGAAGGGCACUUGAGCACCGUGGAAUUUCUCCUUUCAAAAGGUGCCGCCCUUUCUUCUCUGGACAAAGAGGGUUUGUCAGCAUUAAGCUGGGCUUGUCUGAAAGGUCACAGGGCUGUGGUCCAGUUCCUGGUUGAGGAAGGAGCCGAGAUAGACCAGAUGGACAAGAAUGGCCGCACCCCCCUGGACCUGGCAGCCUUCUACGGCGACGCAGAGACCGUGCUGUACCUAGUGGACAAGGGCGCUGUGAUCGAGCACGUGGACCACAGCGGGAUGCGUCCCUUGGACAGAGCCAUUGGUUGUCGAAACACAUCAGUAGUGGUCACGCUGCUGAGAAAAGGAGCCAAAUUAGGAAAUGCUGCGUGGGCGAUGGCUACCUCCAAACCUGAUAUUUUGAUUAUACUUUUACAGAAAUUGAUGGAGGAAGGAAACAUGUUGUACAAAAAAGGGAAGAUGAAGGAGGCAGCCCAGCGGUACCAGUAUGCCUUACGGAAGUUCCCCCGAGAAGGAUUCGGAGAGGACAUGAGGCCAUUCAAUGAACUAAGAGUUUCUCUCUAUCUCAAUUUGUCUCGCUGCCGAAGAAAAACAAAUGACUUUGGCAUGGCAGAAGAAUUUGCUUCCAAGGCGCUCGAACUGAAACCAAAGUCCUAUGAAGCCUUUUAUGCCAGGGCGAGAGCGAAGAGAAACAGCAGGCAGUUCGCGGCCGCUCUGGCGGACCUGCGGGAGGCUGUGAAGCUCUGCCCCACCAACCAGGAGAUCAGGAGGCUCCUGGCCCGCGUGGAGGAGGAGUGCAAGCAGCUCCAGAGGAGCCAGCAGCAAAAGCAGCAGGGCCCACCGCCCGCCCCGCCCACGGACUCGGAUAACGAAGAGGAGGCCCCAGCCCCGGCGCCCGGCGACCACCUUCACCUUGAGGAGGCUGCAGAGGACACUUCUCCGCAGGAAGGCUCCGUUUCCCUGACUCCCCGGCCCCACCCCUCUGCCCCGUCCCCCUACAUCCGGAACCUUCAAGAAGGGUUGCAGGCCAAGAUGAGGCCCGCCUCGCCACAGAACCGGCCAGGAGCCGCCCAGCCCCCGAGGGAGCCCGUGGCGCAGCCGGGGCUGGUCGUGCAGCCCACCAAGCAGGCGCAGAUCGUGAAGACCAGCCAGCACCUGGGCUGCGGGCAGGCUGGCGUGAGGAGCGGGAGCAUGAGACUGCAGGGCUCCUCCGCGCACCCUCCGCCGAGCCCCAUGCCAGGCCGGAUCUCCGUGGCCACCGCUGGCGGCCGAGGCCCGCACUCGGAGGGCGCGGGCACGUUCACCGCAGGGGCGGGUCCGGGGCGGUUCGGGGAGCGGCCCGGCCCGGGCCACGGCGUCCCGCUGCAGCCCAGCGAGGGUGGCGCUGCAUACCCUCUGCCCAGCAAGAUCAGAAGCGCAGAGCGGCUGCUGUCUCACGCCGCCGUGGCCGUGGACGUGGCCCCGCUGAGCCAGGGCGGGCCAGUGGGCGGCAGCGACAUGCGGCACCCCGCUUCCCUCGCCAGCUCGGGCUCCUCCGGGUCUCCCUCCAGCAGCAUCAAGAUGUCCAGUUCAACCAGCAGCUUGACGUCCAGCAGCAGUUUUUCCGACGGCUUCAAGGGCCCGGGGCCAGAGGCUCGAGUCAAAGACAAGGCGGUUCACCAGGUCCCGAGCGGCACCGCCGAGCACAGACCGCGCAACACUCCGUUCAUGGGCAUCAUGGAUAAGACGGCCCGGUUCCAGCAGCAGAGCAACCCUCCGGGCCGCACCUGGCACGCGGCCGUGUCGGAGGGGCUGCUGACGCACACGCCUGCGGCCGGCCCGCAGGCCUCGAACCCGGAGAAGCCCUCCCUCAAGCAGGCAGCGGGGUAUCACAGCCAAGCCAAAGCCUGUGCCGCGGCCACCCUGGGGGGCAGCAUCCACAACGGGGCCCCCGUGAAGGAGCUGGAAGACAGGAAGUGCCCGGUUCCAGCCCACUGUCAAGAUACCAGGAUAAGCAAGACUGUGGCUCAUCUGUACCAGGAAAGCAUCUCUAAACAGCAGCCUCACCUCGGCAACGAAGCCCACAGGAGUCACCUUCCCGCAGCCAAGCCAAAGCGCUCAUUCAUAGAGUCAAAUGUGUGAGCCUGAAGAGAGACCCGCUGGGAACUUGAAAAACUGUGUGUUGGCUCUUGGUGGUAAUUAAAGUGUUUUUUUUAUGAGAAAAAUUACUUUUCAGCCAUAUUUUUUUUCUUUUUUCCCUUGGGGGUGGAUCAGAUUUAUUUAAAAUGUGGGAUAAAGUUUCUUUGAUAAAUACCAGAAGUCACCUUCAGUAAGAAUGCUAACCAGAAUUGAAAACUGCAAUUAGUUAUGCCUAUUAAAAUUAAACACUUAAGGCAGCCAAAUAACUUGUGCUUUUCUCUUAUGAAAUUGUUUGGUUUUUAUCACUCUUCUCCUAGCCUUAGCUGUGUGAUAAGAUCAUAAUAUUUCUUAGAGAAUAUAAAUGUCUAGUCCUCUGCUCUAUGGGAAAAAUCAUACUGUUUCUUCGAGAAUAUAAAUGUCUAGUGAUAGUUUUAACUCAUGACUAAAUUGCCAGAUGAUGUAUUCUGGAAAAGAUGGAAUUUUCUAGUUACAGUUCCAUUGAGUCAAAUCCCAGUUUAUAUAUCUAUAUAUAAAAUUAAGACCCCAGUGAUUUCUAGCUGAAUGUGUGUGACUAUAAAUGUUAUAUACCUGAUUUUCUUAAGCAAAAUACAGGAACAGCCAAGUAUUGUUCCCUUCAUAGCUGUUCCCUGAAGAGGAUUAAGCACUUAUUUCUGUUAUGGUUUUCAUUAAACAUAUUUUUAUGGCACCUUUUUUGAGCUAUAUUCCCAUUUCAAGGUGUUUUAAUAUUUGGAAACAGUGUAAGCUAUUUGGAAUCCUGAUUGGUGGUCAAGUUGGAUUGGGGCUAGAAUACUAAGAAUAUAGCAUUCUCGGUGACAUAAAUUAGCCUUCAACAGGGAUAGCACUCCUGCAACAAGCCUUCCGAGGUCCUUUAAGGACAAUAUUUAAUUUGGAUCCUUAAAGUCUGGUUCGUUGGUUGCUUUUGUUUUAUUAUACAAUCAUUAUUUUAUAGUCACAUGUUGCAUAAAUAGCCAAGUGUAUCCAGACAUGUAUAUACUAUUUCAAGUAGCUAAUCUUUAAAAAAAAGUAAGUCAUAUAUUUGCAUGUUCUUUGUAAACGUCAUCCAUGCUGGUUAUUGCACUGAACACUAUAUUAUUAUGGCAUGUUAACAGUGUACCAGUAACGGCACUUUAUUUCAUUUAUAUGAACACCUUUGAGGUGCUACUUAAGUUCAAACUGAUGUAUUAUUCGUUUGUAAAGAUAAGGUACAGGAAUGAACCUUGGAUUAAAGGUAUUUUUAUAUGAAAAUGGUGUGCUAUUGAAGGAUGUUAAAAUGCUAGUUUGAGAGAGGCGGGAGUGUGUUUGUUUUAUACAUUGGGAUGUGAAAUUUAUUUUCUGGCAUUGGGGAGAAGGAAGUUCUAUAUUUACAGAAUGUUUUAAAAAUGAAUCGUCGUAAUGAAGUUCCUGUGAGCAUCCUUAUGGUUUUGUACGAAUAGGAAUCUUCUGGUGUUAUUCUUCAACAUUUGUUCCUGUUGUAUUUUGUACAGCUUUGUUGUUUUAUAGGCUUUUCAUGAGUUCUGCUAUAACUUCUAUGGCUUAUUUAUUGUUUUCUUUAAUAUUUGUGAGUCUUACUCUUUUGUUAUGUAGUUUUGUUUCUGCACAACUACUGUACUUUUCCACAUGGAAUAAAGACUAUUAAUAGAA